CCAACUAGGGACCCCCGGUGGCACGGGAAGGGCGUCUGGCAAGCAGUCAGGACGGACCUAGCUGACAUCACUCUCUUUAUAGAUCCGUAGUGCCCCCUCCCUGCCUUUCUCAUCCAUUCGAGCAGCUUGUGUGUAGUCACUCGCACUUAAUCACAGAGUGCUCGAGGCAGGAGGCGGAUCGAGGGCGUGAACGAAAGAGGGACGGAGAACGGGAAAGACACCAGUGCGCGGGACAGCAGAUCGAGAGAAAGAGUAACAGACUGAGAGGUUUUUUUCUCCAACCUGUACUUUACAGUCUCACUUUAGAACGCUUUCCGCGUUCACACUGGUAGUUGCAGUCAACCACUGACCUGUUAACUCCGGGCGUGCGCUCCGCUCCGUUCACCAGUCGUUCAGCCGAGAUGUCCAAGGAAAGACCUAACGACUCAGAGGCACGGGUGAUAAACCAAGCUUCUCCGGGCAACAUGGAUUGCCUCGCUUGUUUCUUGCUGGAAUCCGUAGAAUGAGGGAUUGGGAUAAGCGCAGACCGCAGAGAUGUCGGUGCCUUUGCUGAAGAUUGGCGUGGUGCUCAGCACCAUGGCGAUGAUCACCAACUGGAUGUCGCAGACGUUGCCCUCGUUGGUGGGGCUCAAUACCACCAAGCUCACGGCGGCUCAGGGCGGGUACCCGGACCGGAGUACUGGAGUGUUGCCAGCUAACCCGGAGGAGUCGUGGCAGGUGUACAGUUCGGCCCAGGACAGCGAGGGGAGGUGUGUGUGCACCGUGGUGGCGCCCCAGCAGUCCAUGUGCUCGCGGGACGCCCGCACCAAGCAGCUACGGCAACUGCUGGAGAAGGUCCAGAACAUGACCCAGUCUAUCCAGGUCCUGGACCAGAGGACCCAGCGAGACCUGCAAUACGUGGAGAAGAUGGAGGUCCAGCUCCGUGGCCUGGAGACCAAGUUCAGACAGGUGGAGGAGAACCACAAGCAGAACAUCGCCAAGCAAUACAAGGCCAUAAAAGCGAAAAUGGAGGAGCUUAGACCGUUGAUACCAGUGUUGGAGGAGUACAAGGCCGAUGCCAAAUUGGUAUUGCAGUUUAAGGAAGAGGUCCAGAAUCUGACGUCAGUUCUAAGCGAACUUCAGGAGGAGAUGGGGGCCUAUGACUACGAGGAGCUGCACAGCAGAGUGUCAAAUCUCGAAGAGAGACUCCGAGCGUGCAUGCAAAAAUUAGCGUGCGGGAAACUGACCGGCAUCAGCGACCCAAUCACCAUCAAGACCUCCGGGUCACGCUUCGGAUCCUGGAUGACCGACCCUCUGGCGCCGGAGGGAGACACCCGGGUGUGGUACAUGGACGGUUACCACAACAACCGUUUUGUGCGGGAGUACAAGUCCAUGGCUGACUUCAUGACCACGGACAACUUCACGUCCCACCGGCUCCCCCACCCGUGGUCCGGCACCGGUCAGGUGGUCUACAACGGCUCCCUCUACUUCAACAAGUUCCAGAGCCACGUGAUCAUCAAGUUCGACUUCAAGACCUCCGCCAUAAGCAGGAACCGGCAGCUGGACAACGCGGGGUUCAACAACAUGUACCACUACGCCUGGGGAGGCCACUCGGACAUCGACCUCAUGGUGGACGAAGGCGGGCUCUGGGCCGUCUACGCCACCAAUCAGAACGCGGGGAACAUCGUGCUGAGCAAGCUGAACCCCAACACGCUCCAGAUCAUCAAGAGCUGGACCACCAACCACCCCAAGAGGAGCGCCGGCGAGGCCUUCAUGAUCUGCGGGACGCUGUACGUCACCAACGGUUACUCCGGGGGCACCAAGGUGUACUACGCCUACUCCACCAACUCCUCCACGUACGAGUACAUCGACAUCGCCUUCCAGAACAAAUACUCCCAUAUAUCCAUGCUGGAUUACAACCCUCGCGACCGCGCCCUCUACGCCUGGAACAACGGCAACCAAGUGCUCUACAACGUGACGCUGUUCCACGUCAUACGGUCCGAGGAACUGUAACCGCCGGCAACAGGGCGCCGGAGCUUAGCGUGCAAGCUACAUGUCUACAUUAGGGGUUGUAUCCAGAGAUUCAUUCUAUUUAUGAAAAUGCUGUAUAUUUGAGAAGGACAUAGAGAGAGUAGACUGUAUGGUGAAGGUCAUUCUGUACGCUGUUAUAUCAUUAGACUGAAUGGGAUUGCAUCACCUAGCUGGACGCCAUGUGGAUGAAUGUGCUUACCGACAAAACCGACAUGAAAAAUAUAUAAUA